UUACAAUUAAGACUGACAUCUAAGCGAAUCACACGCAAAAUUCUUAGGCACUAAUGUGGGAACGCGAAGUAACUAACUGGUUAAUUUAGUACAUAGGAGUAUUUAGGAUGGAUUACUAUUAAAUCCCCAAAACCCCGCACCACCGCGUCUCAAAAAAAAAAAAAACGCACCACCGGCGCGGUCGGCCUCGCCGAUAGAGAGGCCGCGCGCGGAGGGCGAAAUGUGGAAGAAGAUCGCGGCCGGCGCGGCGGAGGGGGAGACAUGGAAGGCGCUCGCGGCCGGCGCGGCGGAGGGGUGGCGCGGUCUGCUGCCGAAGACGGCGUCCGCCACCACCAAGCUCGUGCCCGAUUCUUCUCCAAAGUCGGCGACGCCGACCGCGGCGCUCAACCUCGUCGCCGACGCGGUGGCGGCGUGGCGCCGCUGGCUUCGCUCUCCAUCAGCGAGUCCCACCGCGAGGUGUGUAUACCCUCCUCAUCAGCUGCCGUGGAGGGCACCGCCGGAGAAACAAGCCCCCCCGUCUCCGACGCAGCGUUGGAGGUGUGGCGUCGUUGGCUACGCGCGUCGACGCGGCGCUCGCUCUCCUCGUUCAUGGAUCAAGCUUCGUCGGAGACUCACGCGCCCCCACCAACUCCACGGCCGUCUCCACCACGUGUUCUCCCGCCUCCUCCAUUGUCUGCUGCACGGAGGGCGAAGGGGUGUCGCACUGCUGCUUCGUCGGCAUCUCUGUCACGCAACUACUCGACGUCGUCGACGAACUCGCAGUCCCCUCCGGAGCCCCGCGACAGCUGCAGAGACGACAGAUCAUUGGACAUAUGGUAUACUGCUAAAGAAUUUGUCAAGAAGUAUCCAGUUGUACUCUUUGCUCAGCCUACAGAUACACACUCUCAGUUCCACAGAUGGGUAUACCAGGAGUGGUUCAAACCCACGGUAAGAAGCUUGCUUAAGUGUGUCAGUGAUCACCAUGCUUCCAAUUUGGAGUUUCAGGAGAUUACUACGGAGAAUGUCAAGAUAUUUUGCAAUGCUGAUGCUCCUCAAUUUAUUCCCCGAAUCAAAAUCUACUGUGAGACCAGAAAAGCGACUUAUGAAGGGAGAAAGCAGAAUUUUGUGCAGACAGGGGAACUGAUAACAGAGUUGAUAAAAUCUUCUGUGGACAAUCCAACUGAGGUUUUGGACCUGCUCUCUGAGGACAUAAAAGAUAAGCUCAGUAUGUUGAAAAAUCCUGACCUGUCUCAUGAUGCUGAUCCACGGCAGUGUGGAGUUUAUAUCCUUGUGAAUCAUCCGUCCAUGCUACGAAGGGAGAUGCAAUCUCCGUUUUACCUUGCCUGUUAUGAUUUGCUAAUGAGUGUGGAUAAAAGAAUUGCAAACAGGGCAUUCAGGAAACUGCCUUAUAAGAACUGGCAGUCAAGAGCCCUGCAACACCCCCUGCUCAAAGAUCAUCUCAUCAAUAGACGGUCUAGCUAUGGCAGAGACAAGUAUCACCAAGCAAGAUAUCAUCGGAAUGUGGCAAGUCACAAAACAUCAUGGAAAUCCAAGUACAAAGCUGAAGAGGUCGACGAGAUUAUCCACCACCACUUUCCGAUGAUUUUAACACGUCUGAUGAAGGUCCUGUCAAAGAUGAAGUUGCUGAUACGCCUUACCCUCCACAACUUCUUUGGAUAAAGAAUGCUGUAGUGAAUCUACUGCAGUAGCAAAGCUCAACUUCUUCAUGUAGGAAAGGCCAUAGUGAUGCAACUUUUUAACAAAGCUGAAUCUGCAGAUACCCCAUGACUUCUUCGGCUAAGGAAGGCCACUGUCAAGCUAUUGCUGUAACAAAUCUGAAUCUCUUAUACCAGAACUGGUGUUGUCUGCCGCACCCUCACAACUUCUUGGAGUGGGGCCGAAACAAAUGCAAAAGCACUUCAUGCUUAUUACGAGUAGGUUUUGUCUCAUUAACUUUUUGUUCUUUAGGCCCCAGUUAUAUCCAAUUGUCUGAAUCCCUAUGCAGGUUAAUUUCCUGGGUUCAUGUAACAAUGCAAACCCAUGAUUUUGCUUCAUAUCAACAUAGCUAAACAUGAUAUUUUUCUGUCGACAUUUCUUCUGAUAUGCCAGAAAUAUAUAUUUUUCUUUUGACUUGAUACAA